AUGUUGAAUGACACAUGGACGCAUACAAUAUCCCAAAUCCUGGGCUGGACUUAUUUCAUCCUGUGGUCGCUGUCCUUCUACCCGCAAGUCCUGCACAAUCAUCGCCGCCGCUCAACGGACGGGUUCUCUGUCGACUUUGCGGUACUUAACAUCCUCGGGUUGACCGCAUACACUGUCUUUAAUGCGUGCUUCCUCUUUUCGCCGGUUGUGCGAGCCCAGUAUGCUCAAAGGCAUCCCGAGGGCGCCAAACCGACCAUCCAAUGGAACGAUUUCGUCUACGCCCUGCAUGGUGCCCUGGUCUGUUGUUUGAUUGGCAGCCACUUCUUCUGUGCGAGCUUCUGGAACUUUCGAUCCAAGACACAACGAGUGAGUACAACGGCCCUCGUGGCCAUUGGGGGCUGCAUAGGGGUGGUGGCCUUGGCCAUCCUGUACGUUUGGGUCUCGGCGUCGUGGGAAUGGAUUGACGUGGUAUAUGUGGUCGGCAUGAUCAAAGUCUUCCUAACAGCCGUCAAGUACACUCCCCAGGCCGUCAUGAACUAUUUACGCCAGUCCACCGCAGGGUUUUCCAUUUUCGCGGUUCUGCUCGAUCUCACAGGCGCUUUGCUGUCGUUGAUACAGCUGGUACUGGACUCUACGUUGCAGCCGGACUGGUCGGGAACUACGGGGAAUAUCGCCAAACUUUCAUUGGGAAAUCUGACCCUCGUAUUCGAUCUCAUCUUUAUCUUCCAGCACUUUGUGUUGUAUCGGGAACAACCGGCGGAGACGAAGCCAGGGCCCUCAGAGAAUGAUCCUCUCCUGCAUAGUAGUAAUGAGCCGUAG